AUGCCUCCACUAGGAAAUAGGGCCCACAUGCCUCUAGUAGGAAAUGGGGCCCGCAUGCCUCCACUAGGAAAUAGGGCCCACAUGCCUCUAGUAGGAAAUGAGGCCCGCAUGCCUCCACUAGGAAAUAGGGCCCACAUGCCUCUAGUAGGAAAUGGGGCCCGCAUGCCUCCACUAGGAAAUAGGGCCCACAUGCCUCUAGUAGGAAAUGGGGCCCGUAUGCCUCCAGUAGGAAAUGGGGCCCGUAUGCCUCCAGUAGGAAAUGGGGCCCGCAUGCCUCCACUAGGAAAUAGGGCCCGCAUGCCUCCACUAGGAAAUAGGGCCCACAUGCCUCCAGUAGGAAAUGGGGCCCGUAUGCCUCCAGUAGGAAAUGGGGCCCGCAUGCCUCUAGUAGGAAAUGGGGCCUCUCAUGCCUCUAGUUGGAAUUAA